AUGGCUAAGCCUAAGGUCUGUCUCGCCUACUCUGGCGGUCUCGACACCAGUGUCAUCCUCAAAUGGCUCAUUGAGCAAGGCUACGAUGUCGUUGCCUUCAUGGCCGAUGUUGGUCAAGCCGAAGACUUUGCCGCCGCCGAAAAGAAAGCCCUCGCCAUUGGUGCCGUCAAGUUCGUUGUGGAAGACCUGAAGCAAGAAUUCGUCGAAGAGCUUUGCUUCCGAGCAAUUCAGUGCAAUGCCAUUUUCGAAGACCAAUACCUCCUCGGAACAUCCUUGGCUCGUCCAGUCAUUGCCCGCGCACAAAUGCGUGUUGCUCAACAGAACGACUGCGUUGCUGUGUCUCACGGUUGCACCGGCAAGGGAAAUGACCAGGUCCGAUUCGAGCUGGCUUUCUAUGCUAUUCAGCCCACCAUCAAAGUUAUUGCCCCUUGGAGACUUCCCGAGUUCUUUGAACGUUUCGCUGGCCGAAAUGAUUUGCUCGAUUACUCCGCCAAAGUUGGCAUUCCCGUCACAUCCACCAAGGCCAAGCCCUGGAGUAUGGACGAGAACCUUGCCCACUGCUCUUAUGAAGCCGGUAUCUUGGAGGACCCCAACAUCACUCCCCCCGCUGACAUGUGGAAAUUGACCGACUCUCCUCUCGACGCACCCAACACCCCCGAGGAAUUCAGCAUCUCCUUCGAGAAGGGUAUCCCCACCAAGCUGGUCACUCCCUCCGGCCAGACCGUGACUGGAUCUCUGGACAUCUUCACCACCUUGAACGCUAUUGGCCGCAAGCACGGUAUCGGCCGUGUGGACAUUGUCGAGAACCGUUUCAUCGGUAUCAAGUCCCGAGGCUGCUAUGACUCCCCCGCCAUGACCAUCCUUCGUGCCGCCCACGUCGAUCUUGAGGGUCUCGUCCUCGACCGUGAAGUUCGCUCCCUGCGUGACCAGUUCGUGACCUUCACCUGGUCCAAGCUUUUGUACAACGGUCUCUACUUCUCUCCUGAGCGUGAGUUCAUCGAGAAGAGCGUUGUCGCCAGUCAGGACACCGUCAACGGAACCGUCCGUCUCUGCGCCUACAAGGGUGCCGUUUCUAUUCUCGGCCGUUUCAGUGAGACCGAGAAGCUCUACAGCGCCGAGGAGAGCUCCAUGGACACAUUGACCGAUUUCAGCCCCGUCGAUACCACCGGAUUCAUUGGUAUCUCCAAGAUCCGUCUUGCCAAGUACGGUCAGGCCAAAGCUGAAUCUGGCCAGAGCUUGAGCCGGGCAUAA